UCUGCCAGUAGUGAACACACCAGGGCAACAUCCUCCAUCCUCUCCUAAGCAUAAAGUGGCUUUUUAGCAUUCGCUUUGCCUAGUCUCUGGAAAACAUCUGAAUCAUUUUAACUAACUCCAGCUGUCGUCUUGCUGUGGGUGUGUGAGAAAGUGCAUGCCCGUCUCUGAAUGAGAACGAGGGGUUACGUUUUGAUUUACCCCCCUCACAGAAAGUUUUUAGUUUGUUUUUUAGUCUGUUUUUUUCUCGGGAUGAAUACAGAUACGCGUGUCUCUUAUCGCGAUAUGACAUCCACGGAUUCAUAUUAUUCACCAUUAUCAGGUCAAGGGAGAAUUCAGCAGGCCAACCCUUACAGGGCUUUACAGCCGAGCGAGGCAAAAUACAACCACACUUUUCUGUCCGCCAAAGGUCAGCCUAACGAAGACAAAUCGCGGAGUCCUGUCCGACAGGAGUGCCAGUCUCCUGAUGAUAUCACACCCGAGAGCGUUUAUAACAAAUACCAUCUUUUCAUACAAAAACCCUUAUAUAAAACACAUCAAGAGAGCAAAAUACUUCAGGACGACUGCUAUGGUAAAGAUGGGGCUGGACUAACAGACACCGAGCUGUCUCAAUCUCGUGGCACAGAAAUGGAUGCUUGUUACCUCAAUGUGAAAGGCCCUGGGGUCAAAAGCCCAUCAGAGCGUCCUGUCUCUGAGCUUGGAAGUCAUCUGGAAAAGAGCAAACUAGAAAACAAGAGCAAAAAAAGGCGUAACCGUACCACCUUUACUAGCUAUCAGCUGGAGGAGCUGGAGACGGUAUUUCAGAAGACACACUACCCAGAUGUCUAUGCCCGGGAGCAGCUGGCUCUAAGGACAGAUCUCACAGAAGCAAGGGUGCAGGUGUGGUUUCAGAAUCGCAGGGCCAAAUGGAGGAAAAGAGAACGAUUUGGACAGAUGCAACAAGUCCGGACGCACUUCUCAACAGCCUAUGAACUGCCACUGCUUACACAGCAAGAAAAUUAUGCACAAAUUCAAAACCCCUCAUGGUUAAGUGGAAGCAGCUCUGCGUCACCGGUGCCUGGAUGUGUGGUACCCUUUGAUACAGCAGCGUCUUGUAUGAACCCUCACCCUCAUUCUGCUAGCGGUGUGUCUGAUUUCCUGGGCAUGGGACAAACACACCUUGGCAGUCUAUUUGGCAAACCGGGAGCAGGUGGAAACUUUAAUGGCUUUGAACUCAACGUCGAGCCGGAUCAUAAAUCCUCCAGCAUCGCCAGCCUGCGUAUGAAAGCGAAGGAGCACAGUGCUACGAUCUCGUGGGCCACAUGAUGCCCUCAUCUGGGACACAGAAGACCAGACAACCUCAACCCUGAGCUGUCAGCACUAAUGAGGUGAAAGUUUAUGCCAUCUGGAGCCAAUAUGGACCAGAGGAAUCAAGGCUAGGAGCAAAUAAGAGCCUUAACUUUGAACAUUUUGUAGAGAAACUGAAUGGUCGAGCAGGACAGAGAGCUUAAAUGUGAUCUGAUGGACCAGUUACAAAAUGUUAACUUUCAUUUAGAAACUGAAUUCCCACAAUUAGAUUGCAGGAUGCAUUAUGUUGCAUAAUAUGGAUCUAUAUUGACACCAGUCGGAAUCACGGCACGAUUACUAAUUAUGCCAAUGGGCAACCUUCCGGUCUCUGUCGUGAAGCCAACAUGGAAGUGGCUUAAACUGCAAAUUCAUUGACUGGCCCGCUAGAGACUGUUAAUCCCGUAGACCCCCAUGUUAAAAUGUCCAACUUUACAGCAGAAAUAAACAUGUUUACAGCCUGGUACAAAAAGCUAAUUUUGCCCUUUAUGACAACUGAGAGGGGGGUGAAUUUUUUUGGUAACUCAUCCAUUUUAAUUAUAUUAACCCAUUAAAGUUCUGCAUAAUUAUUUAUAAUUUUAGCAAACCAGGCACCUCAGCUCCACCCAUGCCCCUCUUCUUUGCCCAAUUUCUGUCAUAUGCGAGUGACGCUGUGCCAACUCAAUGAGUCCGGUUUGGAAAAGUGCCUAUUGAUGUCAAUGCCAGAUCAGGCUUGGGUAGACUUUGGAUCAGGUCUAUGUACUAGAAUGUAGCAGAACAUAGUUGGGAAUAUAAGGGACACUCAUUCUACUUCACUUACUGUGGCAAUGUAAGUUAUCUUUCUCUGUUCUCUACUUUCUUACUGGUUUGUCAGGGCAGAUUGUAUUCCCAUAAUCCUCCAUUUAAUUACAGCCACAUUCUCUAAACUAGAGGUAACAGGACAUUGUUUCCAGAUAUAUGUUGAAAUGUUGUGGUGUUUUUUGUUAGCGGGACAUGGCCCUGUCACUGAGCCGGAACCUAAAGUCUAACUUCAUUUAUUUCUUGGCUCAAUACGGCAGGAUCUUUGCGGCAGGGUCUAGUGUCCAGUUUCUCCUCCUGCAGUCAUGGGGUGUGCAGGCUGGGUCACUCAAUACCCAAAGCACUGCUUUUUGUCAACAAAGGACUCUAGGCUGUUUUGAUACAGUAUGAAGCCAUUAUAGUUCAAUAGCCAACAAUGUUUUGCAAGAGGAAACUUAGCUACGCCUAGUAUUGUUUAUACACAUUGGUGGAGGAACAGUAAAUUUAAACUAGUAAAUUUAUAUUUGAAACCCCUACUUCAACUGUAUGAGUGCUUUCGUUUGAACCAGUGUGAAUCAUUCAAAUGAUCUAUUAUUCAUAGUAUCUUUAGUUGGGAUUAAAUAAAGAUAAUAGUCACAAAAGGGUUUAAGGUGUAGGUGGCACAUCUUAAAAUUAAAUUAAACAGCACCUUGUUCCAUAGUUUCUGCUAGAGAGCAGUUAAAAAGUUUAGUGGCCUUUGGAGACAGAAUGUAGCUGUAAGAUUAUUAAGGAACUGAUCAUUUUUUACAGUAUGGUUUCAUUGUUCUUAUAUAGUUAAAUACUACUGAGACAUGCAGUUACAAAGUAUAUAUCAUUAUCUGUUUUUAUUUGUAUAUAGCAUGCACUUUGGAUAAUAUUGUGGAUUGCAUACUCUGUGUGUUUGACAUAUUUUCUUGGGUUGCUGAUUAUUUUUAAUAACGUUAACAGAUUUUCUUUUGAACAAUCAUUAAAUUCAUCUUUAAAAAUAAAGUGUGUUUGACUUAUAGUAUAUAAAACAAUGGGCACAUUUAGCCACAAAUAAAGUUUCUGUAUAACCUUAAAUCAUUCUGAAUAAAUUAAAAUGGCAAUCAGAGCACAACUAAACCAUAUUUAAUACUGAAAACUGUUUUCCACCUCUAUUGUAAGGGUCUUUAUUUUUUAAUACACAGGGCCACUGCUUGCCAAAUGGGUGCCCUAAGCGGACUUUUUGCUGUGGUGCCCCUUUAGUUUAAAAUAAAACAACAACAAAAUCACAAACAACCACAGUAUGAUUGUGCAACAGUGUUGGUUUUCAUCCAGAGCCACAAGGAGACCGCCAGCACAAUGCUUGUCACCCAAUAAACCCUCCACUGGGACCAGACAGCCAUCCAGAUGAGGCUGAAUCUCUCCCAAAUGAAUCCAUCAGGGAAGAUGCCUUGCAUUCACACAGCCCGGUUUUACUCUCUCACUCUGUGAACGGUCUGAUCUCUUCCCUCUUCUUGCAUUUCUGGCAAUGUUUCGGUCCCUCAGGCUUUGCUAAACUCCAUGCAAACACGCACAAACAGAAAACUGAAUGCAGGCCAAGAGACUAAGAUACCGAAAAGGACUGAAGAAAAAGUGUUUGGUGAAAAGAUGCAGAGAAAAAAAAUAAACUUAAAGCCAGCAAUAUUUCAAAACCUUUCUAAGUAUGAUGGAUGAGUUGGCUACCUGUUAAUUACUGCCACCUUUAUUAUCUGUUUAACUAACCUUCAUUUAUUACUUCUAUUAUUAAAUGUUUAAGAAGCCAUGACGUUUAUUUGCUUGUCCAUUUCACUCUGCCCCUUCCAAGAUUGUCCAUAAAGAAUAACAAACAGUUUUUUUCUUUUAAAUAGGCCUACUAAAAUAAAUAACAGGUUCUAUGAACUUCCAGACUAAUUUUAUUUUUCAGCUGCAAAUGUAACAAGGGUGUGUAAAGCAUAUCAAAUCUAUAAAUGUAUAAAGUAGCCUAACUCAUCUGAUUGUCUCUGAUCAUGACAUGAUGUUGACGAAAUAUUAUAUUUAAUAUUUAUACCUCUGUAUGCAAUAAACAACUAAACCUGCCCGUUAUUUGAAAACAUCACUACGAUCUUUAUUUUGCUUGUUAAACAGCUAUCAAACAUUUACAUUUUUACAGAUUUAAAGAUUUUAUAUGCAAUUUGGAUCUUUAUAAGCAAUUUUGGUGUUUCAACUAAAAAUAGUUCCCUAUGAUUACGAGCUUUUAGUGCUAUUUAGCAGUAGCACCAAUAAUUUCAGAGCGUAUAUUGACUGAAGCAAGCGCGUAGCAAAGUGUCGCGCGCCCCCUGGAGGAUGUUCCUAGUGUUCACUUGAGGCUUUCAUGUUC